GAGACUGGCUGAAUCCGGAAGUGAUCCCUGCGGACCCAGUCGCGGCCGAGGACCCCGGCGGCAGGGCCGAGUUCGGGACCAUGAGCUGGAUUCCUUUCAAGAUUGGGCAGCCCAAGAAACAGAUUGUCCCCAAAACAGUGGAGAGAGAUUUUGAAAGAGAGUAUGGAAAACUCCAGCAGCUGGAGGAGCAGACCAGGAGGCUGCAGAAGGACAUGAAGAAGAGCACCGAUGCUGACCUGGCCAUGUCCAAAUCUGCUGUGAAGAUAUCCUUGGACUUGCUCUCCAAUCCCCUCUGCGAGCAAGACCAGGACUUCCUGAACAUGGUGACAGCCCUAGACACGGCCAUGAAGCGGAUGGAUGCCUUCAACCAGGAAAAGGUGAACCAGAUUCAAAAGACCGUGAUUGAACCCUUAAAAAAGUUUGGCAGCGUCUUCCCGAGCCUCAACAUGGCAGUGAAGCGGCGGGAGCAGGCCUUGCAGGACUACAGGAGGUUGCAGGCCAAGGUGGAGAAGUACGAGGAGAAGGAGAAGACCGGACCAGUGCUGGCCAAACUGCACCAGGCCCGAGAAGAGCUUCGGCCUGUGCGGGAAGACUUUGAGGCCAAGAACAAGCAGCUCCUGGAUGAGAUGCCGCGCUUCUACAACAGCCGGCUCGACUACUUCCAGCCCAGCUUCGAGUCCCUGAUCCGCGCACAGGUUGGGUACUACUCAGAAAUGCAGAAGAUCUUUGGAGACCUGACCCAGCAGCUUGACCAGCCUGGCCACCCUGACGAGCUGCGGGAGAGGGAGAAUGAGGCCAGGCUGAGUGAGCUCAGAGCCCUCUCUAUUGUGGCAGAUGACUGAGUCCUCGCUGCCCUUUGGAGACUCCAGGGACACAAGUCCGCCUCUCCAGUCUCUGGCCCUGUCAAGCUUAGGCUCAGGUAUGAGCCAGCAAAAGGCCCUCCCCUGAGAGAAGCACAGGGACAGCAGAGCCCCUGCUCUACCUCACCAGCCCUCUGAAAUGACCUGGCACCAGGAGCCCCACACAGGCUGCUAUCUCCCCACCCAUAGCAAGAGCCCAGACAGGUAAGCAGAGCAGAAAAACUCCAGGGGCCUUCUCCCCUCUAAGAGAACCGUCCAGAGGGCAUCCUGGCCUGGGGCCUGCACAAGCUUCCAGCCUUCAAAGGCACCGGUUUUGCUCACCUGGCAUCAGCCUUGCUUGCAAGGUCGUGAUCACAUCUACCUCCAAAGACCCCUGGGGAGUCCACCUGCCCUCAUUGCCUUUCUGCUCCAGACUCCUCUAUUCUGAAGAGGCCCGAGACUGCCACGGGGAACAGAAGAGCUGUGCUCCCCCAGCCCAUAGACCCCCCCUCACUCCAGCCUCCCAGCACGACAAAAACUGGCUUAGCCCACUUCUGUCCCUUAGGUCAGGUGCACAGAAGAGUCCCAAGCCUCGUAGGUUCCCUAGGAAACCAGACUCGGCUUGUGUAAAUAGGCUACCAACCACACAAAAUGUCACAGCCUGAUUCAUAGGCCUCAGAGAAACAACAGUGGGUUUGUCUCACCGGAAUACUUGGAAUUUUAUUUUUUCAAGUAAAGUUUUCAAUAAAAUCGCCAGCUGUUACUGUGCUGUGACUGAGAGGAGAGCCACCCUAGGAUUGUGGCGGGGUGUGCUGCCCCCUGCCGAGCUGGCCGCACCUCUACAGCACUGCCUCUCUCGACCAGCAGGUGGCAGGGCCCAGAGCACCAGGGGCCCGCCCUUCCCACUGCCCCGCCCUACCUUCUGGACUAAGGGCUGGGAGGAAGGGGGCCUGCACAGGCAGACCUAGAAGAGGAAGAAGGGAAGGGCUAUGGAGGACACGUGGCUUGUUUUUGACUUUGGUUUAUUUAAAAAACAAAAAGCCAAAAAAAAAAAAAAAAACCAACUUUAUAUACAAAGUCAAACUGAAACCACGGAUUAUGGAAAGAGGCGAGACUUCUGGGGGGAACAGGGAAAAAGGCUGGGCCAGAGCCAAUACCACAUUCUGAACAUGGGGAGGUGCUGGUUUCUUCUGGCAAGUCUGGGGUGGCUAGAACACAGUGCUCUCUGGGAAACGCA